GCACAGCACUUCAUCGCCUGCUCCACACCACCACGCGGCACACAUCACCCUCUCUUCUCUCCACGCUCCACGCUGCCCUCAUUCGCUCCCGCUCCAACUCGCAGGCAGCCACGCCGCGCGCACGCACGGUCUAGACCAACGCGAUGGGUCGUGAUGCCGCUGGCGGCGGGCGGAGCGGCACCUUUGGCCUGACGUCCAAUGGGCGCGGCUCCGGGCGCGGGCGUGGCACGUUCAAGCGGCGAGGCGGCCACACUGGCCGCGGCGGGCCGCGCGACGAGGCGCACGAGAAGGCCGCCGCGUCGCUGACCAAGGGCGCCUUCGACGAGUCGACGCCCAUCGAGGCGCGCUUCCAGGAGGCCGCGGCCAACGACGAGGUCGACAUGCGCAUGGGCUUCGAGCGCCUCGAGGCCGGCCCGUCGCGCCAGGCGUGGCUCGUGAACAUGCACCCGACGAUCGUGCGCGACGCCGACGAGUCGAGCGGCGCCGCGCACGCCAGCGGCAAGUCGGCCGUCGACUUCUACUUCAUCGACGAGUUCUCCGACAGCUUCAAGGUCACAGUGCAGUACCAGCCGUACAUGCUCGUCGGCUGCAAGCCCGGCACCGAGACACACGUCGAGGAGUGGCUGCUGCGCCGCUUCGAGGGCCUGCUCGUCUCGUGCGCGCGCCAGAAGAAGGAGGAUCUGAAGCUCCCGAACCAUCUCGUGGGGCAUCAGCGCACCUACGUCAAGCUCAGCUUCCACAACGUGCACGACCUGCUGACGGUGCGGCGCGAGGUGCUGCCGCUGGCGCAGCGGGCGCAGAAGCGGCGAGACGCCGUCGACACGUACGCCGACGUGCUGGCCGAGGGCGCCGCAGCGCAGAUGGAGCUGGAGGUGGAGGACGUCGAGGCGGCCUUCGCCGACCCGGAAGACGGGUGGACCGGCGGGCGAGCCAAGUUCGGCGGCAAGCCGGCACUGGAGCCAGAGGAGUGCAUCAUUGAUCUGCGCGAGUACGACGUGCCCUACUACCUCCGCGUGGCCAUCGACAACGACAUCCGCGUGGGCAUGUGGUACGACGUCAGCUUCCACGAGGGCGCCGUGAGCAUCCGCUCCGUGCCGUCGCGUGUGAAGCGUGCCGAGCCGUGCGUCUUUGCCUUCGACAUCGAGACGACGAAGCAGCCCCUCAAAUUUCCCGUCGCCGAGACGGACGUGGUGAUGAUGAUCUCGUACAUGAUCGACGGGCAGGGCUUUCUGAUCACGAACCGCGAGAUCGUGAGCAGCGACAUCAGCAACUUCGACUACUCGCCGAAGAAGGAGUACGAAGGCCCAUUUGUGAUCUACAACGAGCCGGACGAGGCCGCCCUGCUCCACCGCUUCUUCUCGCACUUCCGCGAGGCGCGUCCCCGCGUUGUGGCCACGUACAACGGCGACUCGUUCGACUUCCCGUUCCUCGAGACGCGCGCCAACUUCCACGGCCUCAACAUGAUGCACGAGAUCGGCUUUGCCAAGGACGCCGAGGAGGAGUACAAGAGCCUGUCGUGCGCGCACAUGGACUGCUUCCGCUGGGUGAAGCGCGACUCGUACCUGCCGCAGGGCAGCCAGGGCCUCAAGGCGGUCACCGUCGCGAAGCUCGGCUACGACCCGAUGGAGCUCGACCCCGAGCUCAUGACGCCGUACGCCAUCGAGCAGCCGCAGACGCUGGCACAGUACUCCGUCUCGGACGCCGUCGCCACGUACUACCUCUACAUGAAGUACGUGCAUCCCUUCGUCUUCAGUCUGUGCAACAUCAUUCCCCUCAACCCGGACGAGGUGCUGCGCAAGGGCUCGGGCACGCUGUGCGAGACGCUGCUCAUGGUGGAGGCGUACAAAGGCAACAUCGCCAUGCCGAACCGGCACGUCGAGCCGCUGGGCAACACCUACGAGGGACAUCUGCUGGAGAGCGAGACGUACGUCGGCGGCCACGUCGAGGCGCUCGAGGCCGGUGUGUUCCGAAGCGACAUUGCGACGGACUUCAAGCUCGACGCGAGCAGGCUGCAGCAGCUCAUCGACGACCUCGACGACGCGCUCAAGUUCAGCAUCCGCGAAGAGGGCAAGAUGCGUCUCGAGGACGUGACGAACUACGACGAGGUCAGAGACAAGAUCCAGGGCAUGCUCGAGGCGCUGCGCGACACGCCCAAUGUGCAGGUGGAGCCGCUGAUCUACCAUCUCGACGUCGCGGCCAUGUACCCCAACAUCAUGCUGAGCAACCGGCUGCAGCCGGACUCGGUCGUCGACGAGGCCAUGUGCGCGACGUGCGACUACAACCGGCCGGGCAUGACGUGCAACAAGGAGAUGGAGUGGUCCUGGCGCGGCGACUUCUACCCGGCGAAGCGCGACGAGGUCAACAUGAUCCGGCAUGCGCUCUCCAGCGAGCUCUUCCCGGCGCGCUUCCCCAACGGGCCGAAGCGCACCUACCACGAGCUCAGCGCCACGGAGCAGUCGGCGCUGCUCAAGAAGCGCCUCGGCGACUACAGCCGCAAGGUGUACAAGAAGACGCACGAGACCAAGACGGUCGAGCGCAAGUCGAUCAUCUGCCAGCGCGAGAACCCGUUCUACAUCGACACCGUGCGCGCCUUCCGCGACCGGCGCUACGAGUACAAGGGCCUGCACAAGACGUGGAAGAAGAACCUCGAGACGAGCGAGGACGACGUGGCCGUGGCCGAGGCGCGCAAGAUGAUUGUGCUGUACGACUCGAUGCAGCUCGCGCACAAGUGCAUUCUGAACUCCUUCUACGGCUACGUCAUGCGCAAGGGCGCGCGCUGGUACUCGAUGGAGAUGGCCGGCAUCACCUGCCUGACGGGCUCGAAGAUCAUCCAGCUCGCGCGCGAGCUCGUCGAGCGCAUCGGCCGCCCGCUCGAGCUCGACACCGACGGCAUCUGGUGCAUGCUGCCCGGCACGUUCCCCGAGAACUUCACCUUCAAGACCAAGACGGGCAAGGGCCUCGGCAUCUCGUAUCCCUGCACGAUGCUCAACCACCUCACGCACCAGCGCUUCACAAACCACCAGUACCACACGCUCACGGACCCGACGACGGGCCACUACGAGGUGCACAGCGAGAACUCGAUCUUCUUCGAGCUCGAUGGCCCGUACCGCGCCAUGAUUCUGCCGUCGAGCAAGGAGGAGGACAAGCUGCUGAAGAAGCGCUACGCCGUCUUCGAGCACGACGGCACGCUGGCCGAGCUCAAGGGCUUCGAGGUGAAGCGCCGCGGCGAGCUGCAGUUGAUCAAGGACUUCCAGACGCAGAUCUUCAAGCACUUCCUGCAGGGCAAGACGCUGCAGGCGUGCUACAACGCCGUCGGCGCCGUCGCCAACCAGUGGCUCGACAUCCUCUUCUCCAAGGGCGGCGCGCUCCACGACGACGAGCUCAUCGACCUCAUCGCAGAGAACAAGAGCAUGUCCAAGACGCUCGCCGAGUACGGCACGCAGAAGUCCACCGCCAUCACCACCGCGAAGCGCCUCGCAGAGUUCCUCGGCGCGCAGAUGGUCAAGGACCGCGGCCUGGCGUGCAAGUUCAUCGUCUCGGCCAAGCCGCACGGCGCGCCCGUAACCGAGCGUGCCGUGCCGGUGGCGCUCUUCAAUGCCGAGCCGAGCGUCAAGCAGUACUAUCUCCGGCGCUUCCUGCGCGACCCGGCGCUGACGAACUUCGACCUGCGCUCGCUCCUCGACUGGGACUACUACGUCGAGCGCUUCGGCGGCGUCAUCCAGAAGCUCAUCACCAUCCCGGCGGCCAUGCAGCACAUCGCGAACCCGGUGCCGCGCAUCCGGCAUCCCGACUGGCUGUUCCGACGCGUCGCCGCGAGCGAUGACAAGUUCAAGCAGCGCAAGCUGACGGACUUGUUCAAGGUGCAGCACAAGCGCAACGUCGCAACGGCAGCCAAGAUCGCCGAGGCCUCCGCCGACGGCAGCACGACUGCCACAGCACCCACAGAGCCUGCCGCCGAGCCUAAAUCUAUGGGCCCGCCGGCGCCGAAGAAGGUCGCUGAGUUCGUCUUCGAGGUCUUUCCAGAGGAGGACUACUCCGCCUGGCUCGCGAUGGUGCGACCGCGCUGGCUGAAGGAGCGCAAAGAACGCGCAAAGCAGGCGGCGAUCGAAGGACGCACUGCGCGCACCCGAGGAUCAGCCUUCGGAGCCAUGGACGCGCUCGUCUCUCGCACGUCGCGGAGCAUGGCGUCCGCGACGUGGGACGUGCUGCAGAUCACACCCACGGCCAGGCCGGGCGAGUUUCGCCUGUGGGUCUCGAUCGACCAGCAAAUGCACAACCUGCGCCUGCGCGUCCCGCGCCAGUUCUACGUCAACUUCAAGCGCGUACCCGCGCCGGGCACCUUUGCGGACUCGUACGUCGUCGAGAGCCUCACGCGGACACUGCCGCGCGGCACGCCAUGCCGGCAUCUCUUCCGCAUCACGGUCGACGAGUCCGUCUACCUGGAGGAGGAGGUGCACUUCUCCGCCCUGCUCAACCACGCGAACGUCGACGGCGUCUACGAGAUGCAAGUGCCGCUCGAGGUGCGCGCCCACCUCCAGCUCGGCAGCGCGUGCUCCAUGCACCCGCGCAGCCAGCACAAGCUGAGUCGAGGCAUCGAUGCCGGAUUCGAACUUGCCGACCUGGUCAAGGCGAAGCCGAUGUCGAUGCACUCGAGGCGCUAUCUGGACGGUGGUCGCGGCCAGCGCUACUUCUACCUCUACCACGCCACCAAGGACACGCGCCACGUCUUUGGCCUCAUCACGCCAGAGGGGCAGGCGCGGAUCCACGUUGCUGACACCGCAGGCCUGCGGCAGAUGCCCAACCUCGAGACGCUGUACGUCGACGUGCUCGCCAAUGCGCGGGAGAAGCACGGCGACAUGAGCGGCGGCGCCUUUGAGCUGCCGAGCGCGCUCGAGGCCGAUCUGAAGGUCCACACCUCGGCCGAGCGCGCCUUCAAGGCGCUGAGCAAGGACAUGACGACGCUCCGCACGGCGAAGCAGGGCGGCGCCGUCCUCGUGCUCAAGUCGGCGCGUCCGCUGGCGUACUACGAGCGCAACAUGGGCACAGCGAUCGCCGAGUUUCCGGUGCUGCACAUUCCGACGCCGGACCAGGAUGACCGGCUGCCGGCCCUUGGCUGGCAGCGUUCCAGCGCCACGCGCAUGUUCAAUCAGUACCUCCACGCGGCGGGCGAGAUCAUCCAGGUCGUCGGCCUUGCCUCGCAGUUUGACCUGCCGUUCUGCAACAUCGGCAGCGACGCCUCCGUCGCGGGCGCCGACAUCGACUUCGCGCGCCGCCUUGUGCAGCACGACAUGGUCCUGUGGUGGUCUGCUGCACCGCAGCCGGAUCUUGGAGGCCGCGAGGAGGACUGCCACUCGGCCCAGACCGCCGGCAAGGAGGAUGGGCUGCUGGAGAUCUCGAAGCCGGGAUGCUACUCGAGCGUCGUGUUCGAGGUGCAGCUCGGCGACCUGGCCAUCGACGCAGUGCUGCAGUCCGGCUCCAUCAACGACAUGGAGGGCUCCGGCGGCGGAUCGCUCGCGUUCGACACCGCCUCGCACAACCUCGACGAGUACGCCAAGGGCACGGUGCACUCGUCGACGGCGCUCGGCGACUCCGUGCUCACGUCGCAGGUGUUCAACACCGUCAAGGCGAUGCUCAAGGCGUGGAGCGUCGAGCGCGCCCGCGCCACGAGUCCCGAGAGCUCGCUGCUGUCGGAGAACUUCUGGCGCUGGGUCUCGAGCCCGACGAGCGCCCUGUACGAGCCUGCGUUGCAGUCCUUCCUGCAGAGUCUGAUGCGCAAGACGCUGCUGCAGCUUCUCGCCGAGUUCAAGCGGCUGGGCGCCUCGAUCGUGUACGCGUCGUUCGGCCGCCUUUUCCUCCUCACGUCGAAGCCCACCGCCGGCAGCGCGGCUGCGUACGGGCGCUACCUCAUGACUGCGGUGACAAGCCGCGACCUCUUCAAGCACAUCAAGCUCGAGAUCGUCCACUUCUGGGAGUACCUGCUCUGGAUGGACGUGGCCAAUUUCGGCGGUGUCAUCUCGAGCGACCCGCAGGCCGUCGAGCUCAGCCGCCAGGGCGCCGUCGAGUCGAACUGGAACAUCUCGACGUUCCUGCCGCAGGCCGUGGAGCCGCGCUUCAAGCUCAUCGUCAGCACCUUCAUCCAGCAGCUGUACCUCUCCAAGUGCGAGAACGCCGCUGCUCUCGAGCGGACGCCGAUGCGUGCCAUCCAGCAGGUCACGCCCGGCGGCACCGAGGCGGCGCCGGGCACCACCGACGGCACCAUCGGCCUGCUCGUCGACCCCAUCAAGACUGCGCAGGCACACUUCGCCAAGCAGCUGUUGAGCAAGCGCAUGACGCGCCAGCUGCUGCGCGCCGUCGACGACAUUAAGAAGGAGCACACCGAAGAGCAGGACGCGCUGAGGCAGCAGCGAUACGACGAGGAGGAUGCCGAGGCCGUCAAGCAGCGCUGGCAGUUCCCAGACUUGCCCGGCCGCGUCGUGCAUCCGUCGACGCGCACCUCGCCUGCGCUCGAGUUCGUCAAGACCAUCAUGGCCGUGCUCGGCCUGGCGCGCGAGCUCAGCGAAGAGGUCGGCGUGCUGCGCCGCAACCUGCUCGAGCUGCUGCAGGUGCGCGAGUUUGCGCCCGAGUCCGAGUGGCGCAACCCGUGCGAGGCCUUCAAGCUGCCGCACGUCAUCUGCGCCUACUGCAACGAGGAGCGCACCAUGGACCUGGCGCGCGACGGCGACCUCAUGCCGGAGCGGCCGGGCAAGGCGCGCGCCUGGGAGUGCAACCAGUGCCACGCCCUCUACGACCGGCCGGCGCUCGAGCACCGCCUCUGCGGCAUGGCCAAUGCGCUCGUCACCACGUUUGCGCUGCAGGACCUGCGCUGCAACAAGUGCGGCGGCGUGCGUGCCAACAACAUCGCGCCGCACUGCAACUGCUCCGGCUCGUGGGGCCUGACGGUGACGCGCAAGGACACGCUGCGCCGCCUGACGGCGAUGCGCCAUCUGGCGCGCUUCCAUGCGCUGCACGUCGUCGAGGCCGCCGUCGCCAGUCUGAUCGCGCUGGUCUGAUCGUGCGUGCACCGCGCCGUAGAGCACUCUCUUCCCCUUCCCUUUCCGUCUUGCACCAUCUAGCACUGUACUUGUACCGCCUGCAUCCAAU